GUGAUGGGACGGGCUUGGCUGAAAGCAGCCUGAUUCGCUGCUGUCUGUGGAUAACAAAACCCCGCGCACACAGCACAUGCCUUUCCUCUGUUCAUGCUGUCACUGUCAGAGAGGUCCGGGCAGCAGCAGUCGGUGCUCGAUUGGUUUCGUCUGAAGAAACCAUGGCAGACCUAGGGGAUAAUGUUACAAUUCCUGAGUUCAGCUGCCUUCUCCAAAUGGAUCCCUAUCUCAAAACGUACGAGAAGGACUUCAAGAGGAGGUAUGAGCUGCUACAGAAGCAGCUUGUACAGCUGGAAGAGGCAGAGGGAGGCUUUGACCAGUUCACACGCAGCUACAGGACCUUUGGCGUGCAGCGACUGCCUGACAACAGCCUGGUCUUUAAAGAGUGGGCUCCGGCUGCAGAGGCCCUCUUCCUGACUGGUGACUUCAAUGACUGGAACAAAUUUGCCAACCCCUACACCAAGAAAGAAUUUGGCAAGUGGGAACUGAUUCUGCCGGCUAAGUAUGACAAGUCUCCAGCUGUGAAUCAUAAGACCAAACUCAAGGUGGUCGUUCACACUAAGGAAGGUGAGCGGCUGUACAGGAUCUCCCCGUGGGCAAAAUACGUGACCAAGGAUGAUAAAUCUGUCAUCUACGACUGGGUGCACUGGGAUCCCCCUCAGCCUUACAUUCAAAUUCACCCUCGGCCAAAGAAGCCCUUGAGCCUGAGAACAUACGAGGCGCACGUGGGCAUCGCUUCACCAGAUGCGACGAUCGCCUCGUACACCAACUUCACAAAAAACGUGUUGCCUCGGAUAAAAGAUCUGGGUUACAACUGUAUUCAGCUGAUGGCUAUCAUGGAGCACGCCUACUAUGCAAGCUUUGGGUAUCAGAUCACGAGCUACUUUGCUGCUUCCAGUCGGUACGGUACCCCAGAUGAGCUGAAGCAGCUGAUCGAUGUGGCUCAUUCGAUGGGCAUCAUCGUGCUGCUGGACGUCGUUCACAGCCAUGCGUCCAAGAACACAGAGGACGGUCUGAACCGGUUUGAUGGCUCUGACUCCUGUUUCUUCCACUCUCCACCCAGAGGGGAGCACAAGCUCUGGGACAGCCGCCUCUUCAACUACUCCAGCUGGGAAGUGCUGCGGUUCUUAUUGUCAAACCUGCGCUGGUGGAUGGAGGAGUACCGCUUUGACGGCUUCAGAUUCGAUGGUGUUACGUCUAUGCUCUACCAUCACCAUGGCAUCGGCGCAACCUUCUCAGGGGACUACAGCGAGUACUUUGGCCUUCAGGUGGACGAAGACUCUUUGGUUUACCUGAUGCUUGCCAAUCACAUUCUUCAUACCCUUUAUCCUGACUGCAUCACUGUUGCAGAGGAUGUGUCAGGGAUGCCUGCUCUCUGCAGAGCAGUGGAGGAGGGAGGACUUGGUUUUGAUUACCGACUGGCUAUGGCCAUUCCUGACAAGUGGAUUCAGAUCCUGAAGGAGUUAAAGGAUGAGGACUGGAGCAUGGGCAAUAUUGUCUACACGCUGACCAACAGGCGCUAUGGAGAGAAAUGUAUAGCCUAUGCAGAAAGUCAUGAUCAGGCUCUGGUUGGGGAUAAGACCCUGGCCUUCUGGUUGAUGGACAAGGAGAUGUACACCAACAUGAGCUCCAUAGUUCCCAUGACACCCGUCAUUGACCGCGGCAUACAGCUGCAUAAGAUGAUUCGUCUCCUCACUCAUGGCCUGGGUGGAGAAGGCUACCUCAACUUCAUGGGGAAUGAGUUUGGCCAUCCUGAGUGGCUGGAUUUCCCCAGAGUGGGGAACAAUCAGAGUUACCACUAUGCCCGCCGGCAGUAUAACCUACUGGAUAUGGAUCACCUCCGCUACUUUCAGCUCUACGCCUUUGACCGGGACAUGAACCGUACCGAAGACAAGUAUGGCUGGCUGGCUGCCCCACCUGCCUUUGUCAGCGCCAAGCAUGAAGAGGACAAGGUCAUUGUGUUUGACAGGGCAAAUGUGCUCUUUAUCUUCAACUUCCACCCCAGUAAGAGCUUCCAGAGCUACAGGGUGGCUGUAGAAGUUCCAGGAAAAUACAAAAUCAAGCUGGAUUCAGAUGAACGUCUGUACGGAGGUCAUGGACGUCUGGACCACAACACAGAGUUCUUCAGUGAGGCCCAGCCCUUCAACGGUCGCCCCAACUCCAUGCAGGUCUACAUCCCCUGCAGAACAGCUAUUGUCCUGGCCAACGAGGAGAUAGAUUACUGUUAUUAGAGGGAGAUUGUCUCCACAGAGACGAGGAUCGAGAAUGGAUUCCAACCCCAACUGAGUGUUAACAAUCACCUCCAUCUUAAAGUGUCAACCUUGCAUGCCACCCAAACCCACUUUUUGUGUUCGAGUCUUUUUCUAAAUGGGGGGAAAAAAACAUUUUGAGCUUGUGUGCUUUCAGACACCAUCUGCAACCUUAGAUGCUGUGUAACCCCAUUUACUACAGAUUGGUCCAUUUGGGAAGCAUCCAACAUAACCAGCAGCUAGAUGCUAAAACUCAAAACCCUGCCGAGUCCAUCCAGCACUAGCCAGCAGCCAUUUAUAGGCUCUGUUGAAUUUGGCGUGUCAUGUGAAACACAUGACCGGAUACUGUGGCAGAGGGCGGCAAUGCAGCAAGCAUUCAUUUAUUCAAACAUGACAGAAGCUCAGAGGAAUAAGAAUAUUUUAGAUUGUUAUGAUGACAGAUUUUACUUGGUUUAAUAAUUUUAUAUUUGAAUAUAAAUAAUAUAAUAGUGUCAAAGACACAAAGUGAUUUAUCAUAUUACCGGCACUUGAAAAUCAAAACGUCCAGGUAUUUAAACACCGAGGAGCCAUCUUUGUUAAUUUGCAUUGUGGGACAUUGUAGGUAUAAAAAUGUUGUAAUUUGCACAAAGUAAUAAGCUGCUUUGAAUUAUUACACUUUUAAUGGGCACGUAAAACAAUUGUGUUGUAAUGUUUGGAUUUAUGCAGCUACUGGGAGCAUUUAUGUGGUUAUUUAUGGCCCAGUUAUUAAGCCAGUAAUUUUCAGCUAAAGAAAAGUGAUAAUAUCACCUCAUUUGAAUUGUUCACAAUGUAUUGCAUAAUACACAAGUAACAUUUUCAGCUGAAUUGCACAGUUUUUUCCUUUGCAUAAAGUGAUGCAGUUUUCCCCUACAGUAGAGCACAUUAAGUCAUUUAUGGCAUGAAUUUCACUAAACUUUUACUAAACUGCUAAUUCAACCAAAAUAAAUUGACGCUGAUGAUCAACACAUCAUUUUGUGGCAGACGAGACACUUUUGACAUUUGACUCACACACCCAACUACUUUAAGAUACCAGGAUUUAUGUGCACCGUGUUCAUUAGAUACUUCAGCAUUCCACAAGUUCACACAGAAAGCGGAUGUGAGCCAAAGUUUCCAAUUAGCUCUGACUUCAGUGACUUUUGUGACUCAGCACACUUGAUGAUUGAACAUCUCAAAGCUGCAGUGCUCAUCCUGUGUUCCCCAUAGCCGUUAGUUUAGAAGGUUAUUGAUUAACUAGUCAAGUCGAGAUUUAUUUAUGAAGCAACAUUUGACCAAAGUGCUCUGCAAUCAAAAUAGCAAAAAGUAUAAAACGACAAUAAAAACACAAAGACAAGUUUAAAAGACAAAAAGACAAUAAAAUGAUAGAAGCAAUAAAACCAUAACAAUAAAAAUAACUCUCAUAUUGAGUCAUUAGAGGAAUAAAGAUUUGUUUUAAGCUUAACAGUCUAACAUGUAGAAGCAACUCGUCAAAGAGUUUGGCUGCUACAACUGCGAAGGCACGAUCUCCCCUGUGCUCCGGCCUUGAUCUUAGGACAAUGAGAAGCAGCUGGUCAGCAGACCUGAGUGACCUUGAUGGGACAUGUGGUUGUAAAAGGUCAGUGAGACAGGUUAGAGGUAGCCCUUUUAAUGAUUUGUAGGCAUACGAUAAAAUCAGUCCUAAAACAUACAGUGAGCCAGUGAAGGGAGGUCAGUACGGGGGAAAUUGUUCUCUCGCUCGCUUGCUCUUAAAAGAUGAGCUGUGGCAUUCUGGACCAACUGCAAGCAUGAGAGGGAGGCCUGGCUAGUGCCAACAUAAAGGGCAUAACAGCAGUCAAGUCGGGACGAGAUAAUAGCCCUUACAAAAUAAAUACACGAUAAAAAGGACUUGACCUUAGAUAAGAGUCUUAGCUAGAAAAAGCUAGAGUUGAUCACUGAGUUGAUCUGUUUGUCCAAUUUUGAAUCAGUGUUAUUACACACAUAUGUGGGUUUUACAUAUACAGGAAACACAGGUCCAUGCGAGCAGCAAAACAGGCACCACUGAGUCAAAAUAACAGGACUUCAGUUUUACUCUCAUUAAAUUUUAUUAGAAUUAGGGCCAUCCAACUUUAAACAGUCCAACAGUGAUUUUAAAAAGGUGGCAACAUUGUGUUUCAUAGGCCGGUCAAUUUCAGUCUGAUCUGCAUGACAGUGGAAUGAGAUGCCAUAUUUUCUAAGGGUGUUUUCACACAUAGUCCAUUUUUAAAAGAACCAAGCUCAGUCCUCUUCUGUUGGUCUAUUUUGGGUUCACUUAAAAAGGGACUCUAUUUUUAUGGUCACAUUGCAGUUUCUCUGGAGAUCUCAGACCUUACUGCUUUAGAUUUGGGUAGCUUUCACUUGGAACAAGGUGGCUGCUGCUAUUGUAUUGUAUGACUAAUACAGUGAUAAUACUAAUAAUACAAUCACAUAUGCACAUAUCAUCCACCCUCACAUAUGUGCAAAUGUUCACUCAUCGCUCUAUCAAGUUCGUUUUGAGGCCAGAAAUGGACCAAGUGUGGAAACACCCUAAGAAUGAGCCCUACGGUGAACAUGUAGAGGGAAAAUCGGAUUGGCCAGAGAACAGAACCCUGAGGGACUCCAGAAGGCUGACAGAAAAGCUUCUGUCAAAAGUCAGACCACCCCCAACGAAAACAUGUACGAACUGAGGAACAUCACUGAUGAUAGGUGACUGUUUUGUGACUGAACUCGCUCACUCAGGCAAAAUGUCAUGAAAAUGGUCUUUCAUAUGACAAGCUUUAUCCUUUGUGGUUGCAUUUUUGCAAACGACUGUGAUAACUGAUCUUUUUCCAGCCUUUGAGUUGUCUUGAUUUCCAUCCUCCUUCUAAAAGUCCCUUGUUGCCGUAUGAAUGGACGUCUUUUGGACACGUUCCAGUAUUCUUUGCACGUUCUAUCAAAGCAAACAGUGUUACAACUAAAACAAGAGCUGAUUUUCGGCAUCCUGUAUAAAAGCUAAUGCUUUGAUUUACUGCCAUGGAUACUGUAAUUCUGUGAUCCACACCUACUGCAUUAGUGCAGAUUCUCAGUCAUUUAAGCCGUACAUUGUAGCAUAAGGCAGGUUUUGAUCUGCCUCCCCUGCAGCUGAAGGAAAAAAAAAACACAUUCAUAUUCAGGACCAUCCUCCUGUGUUUAGCCAAAAGUAUCAU